AUGCCUUCAAACUUCAAAAUCCUUCAGCCGCAUACACUGUGGCAAUGCCUACUAGAUCUAGGUGGCGCGCACCGCUGGAGGGGCGUUCCUUACCCGCUCCGAACCGGCGCUGGCUUAGUCGAUGCUUUACUGUUUGAGAAUAGAGUGUGCGCGCGCGUUUGUUUUCCUUCAAUCCAAACACACACAAACACACACGACCAAAAUCCAACCCGAAAACAAUGUACGCGCGCCCCAGCAACAGGUGACCUAACCUCCAAAAAAACCGACAAUCACCGUGUACCGUGUACCGCGAUGCAAGAGAACACCGAAGAAGACUCGACUCAGGGCGACGAAACUAAGCCCGAGUGCUCGAUCGCCACGAUGAACCUGGCAGCCGCCAUGUUCCAGGAGAACUUCCUGCAAAGGUCCAUCCACAACGUCGCUUUCUCCCUGCAAAGCGCGCUGAUGAGCUCGCUGCAGCAAGCCGCUUUGCUUCCAGCCAACUCCGCCGCAGCUGCUGCUCUCAACCUGCAAGCCUUAGAAUCCUAUUUCACCCUCCAAAGGCUCACUAGUGUGUCUGCCAAUGUCAGCAACCCUCCCAGAAGGAUAGACAUCCUCAAAAUAGCCGCUAAUACCGCUAAUAUCGAGGAGGACAGCGACAAUAACACUAGCUUAACGGAAGACGUUGAUUUAGCUGAGGAGGUGGAAGAGGACUUGGCCCUUUUGGUUAACGAUGAAACGAGCUACCCUUCCUCACCGCUGCCGACGGAAGAUAAGGGGGUGUACCAGGAAGGGGCUAAAUCUUCCACGGGGGCCAUAGCCAUAGUGAAGCCCAAAACGACCUCCAGGCCGAAGAAGCAGUUUAUCUGCAGAUUCUGUAGCAGGGAGUUCACCAAGAGUUACAAUUUGCUGAUUCACGAAAGGACGCACACGGAUGAAAGGCCAUAUUCCUGUGACAUUUGCGGGAAGGCUUUCAGAAGACAGGACCACCUCAGGGACCAUAGAUACAUCCACAGCAAAGAGAAACCCUUCAAAUGCACCGAGUGCGGCAAAGGCUUCUGCCAAUCACGCACCUUGGCCGUCCACAAGAUCCUCCACAUGGAAGAAUCCCCCCACAAGUGCCCCGUGUGCAGCCGGUCCUUCAACCAACGGUCCAACCUCAAAACCCACCUGUUGACGCAUACCGACAUCAAGCCGUACAACUGCUCGGCGUGCGGCAAAGUGUUCAGGAGGAACUGCGAUUUGAGGAGGCACGGCCUCACGCACAACCUGGGCGCAGGCGCGGGACAGAGUUUCAGCAUAGACGCCAUCAUCGGCGUGCCGACCGAGGGCAAGUGAUGAGCGAUG